GCAUCAGCUGUUGUCUGCUUUAUUGCGGUAGAACAAUACGGACUUUGUUUAUAUAAAAUAAAUCGACUUGCCAAAAGUAUACAAAAAUUGUUGUUGAGUAUGAAUGACAUAAAACGCUUAAAGGAUCAACAACGCGAUAUACAUCCCGGAUUCGACUCUUACUUGAAUUGCAUGACACGGGCUCUUUUCUCCGGUCUUGCUUCAUUUUGCUUAACAUUUUCCGGCUGUCAUUUUACACAAAAGCUGUUGCGCACAAAAAUUCACUACCCCGUUCAAUAUAGCGUGUUGGCGUCGGCUAUAGUGGCAACUGGUGUAUCCUACACAACCACCACAAGUCGCACUAAAGCUUGCCAAGCAGCUUGGAUGGCAGCUGAGGAUAAGCAUACUAUACUGAAAGAAGAGCAUUAUUAAAGCGGGACAGUUACCACUUUAAUAAUUUAUAUAUGUACAUACAUAGGCAUAAGUGCAUUAUACGUAAUUAUAUGAAAGUUAAUAACAAAAUGUUGUUCAAAAGUAUGACGAAUA